GCCCGAAGCCCGGCGCCCGCAGCCUUCCCGGCGCCUCCCCGGCCGGCCCCCCGCGCGCCCGCCCUCCGCCGCGCUGGCCCUUCCCGCCGCCUCACCCGGCCCGCCCGUCUGUCUUUCCAGUCCGGCCGGGGGGCCGCACGCUCGGCGGCUCGGGCCGUGCGACCGUGGUCACGCCCUUUUCAGAAAUUCUCGGCUGGUAAUCGCGAAGCCGACAGGGAGCAAGAGCUGGGGGAACCUGGAGAAAACCGCUUCCAUCUGACUUGAUUCUGGCAGGAAGUGGGCUCCGUAUGGUAGUAACCAACAUUUGCCAAGCGCUCUCAAAGGCUCUGGGGUGGCUCAUCUCAGAGAUUCCUUGGGAGCUGAGCCCUUCGCAGGAUCCAUGCCCCAGCCUGUGCCCCCAUGACCAGGUGGAUAGCAUUCCACGUACCCGUGACCCAGAAUCCUGGCUGACCACACUGAAGCAGGAUGCUCCAGCAGGUUAACGGCCACGGUUCAGGCUCUGCUGCCCACGGCGGGGAGUCCCUCAGGGAAGACCUGCAGGAGUUCCUGGGCGGGGAGGCCCCACUGCAACAGCUCGAUGACCUCACCAAGGUGAAUCCUGUGACACUGGAGACAGUCCUGAGGUGUCUGCAGGCCCGGUACAUGGCUGACACAUUCUACACCAACGCCGGCUGCACCCUGGUGGCUAUGAACCCCUUCAAGCCCGUCCCUCAGCUCUACUCGCCCGAGCUGAUGCAAGAGUACCACGCUGCUUCUCAGCCCCAGACACUGAAGCCCCACAUCUUCACUGUGGGUGAACAGACCUACAGGAAUGUCAAGAGCCUGAUGGAGCCGGUCAACCAGUCUGUUGUUGUCAGUGGAGAGAGUGGCGCUGGAAAGACAUGGACAUCCCGCUGCCUGAUGAAGUUCUACGCCGUGGUGGCCGCCUCACCCACAUCCUGGGAAAGCCACAAGGUUGCCCAGAGGAUCGAACAGCGCAUCUUGAACUCCAACCCCGUCAUGGAAGCUUUUGGGAACGCGUGCACGCUGAGGAACAACAACAGCAGCCGCUUCGGGAAGUUCAUCCAGCUCCAGCUGAACGGGGCCCAGCAGAUGACGGGAGCUGCAGUUCAGACCUACCUCCUGGAGAAAACUCGAGUGGCUUGCCAGGCCCCCAGCGAGAGGAACUUCCACAUCUUCUACCAGAUCUACAAAGGAGCCCACGCGGAGGAGAGGGUCCGGUGGUGCCUCCCCGAGGGAGCCACCUUCUCCUGGCUGCCCCACCCAGAGAGGACCUUGGAAGAGGAUUGUUUCGAGGUGACCAGGGAGGCCAUGCUUCAUUUGGGCAUCGAUGCCCCCACCCAGAACAACAUCUUUCAGGCCCUGGCUGGAUUGCUGCACCUCGGCAACACCCGGUUUGUUGACUCAGGAAACGAAGCCCAGCCCUGCCCGCUGGUGGAUGAUGCUCAGUGCUCUGUUGGGACGUCAGCCUUGCUGCUGGGGCUCCCAGAAGAUCAUCUGCUGGAAACACUACAGAUUCGAACCAUCCGGGCGGGCAGGGGCCAGCAGGUGUUCCGGAAGCCCUGCUCCCGGGCCGAGUGCGAUACCCGCAGAGACUGUCUGGCCAAACUGGUCUAUGCACGGCUGUUUGACUGGCUGGUCUCGGUGAUCAACAGCAGCAUCUGUGCCGCCCCCAACUCCUGGACCACUUUCAUAGGCCUGCUGGACGUGUACGGGUUUGAGUCGUUCCCCAACAACAGCCUGGAGCAGCUCUGCAUCAACUACGCCAACGAGAAGCUGCAGCAGCACUUCGUGGCUCACUACCUCCGGGCCCAGCAGGAGGAGUACGCAGUCGAGGGCCUGGAGUGGUCGUUUGUCAGCUACCAGGAUAACCAGCCCUGCUUGGAUCUCAUCGAGGGGAGCCCCGUCAGCAUCUGCUCCCUCAUAAACGAGGAGUGCCGCCUUAAUCGGCCAAGCAGCGCAGCCCAGCUCCAGACGCGCAUCGAGAGCGCCCUGACCGGCCGCCCCUGCCUGGGCCGUGACAGGCUGAGCCCGGAGCCCAGCUUCAUUGUGCUGCAUUACGCGGGGCCCGUGCGGUACCGCACCGCAGGCCUGGUGGAGAAGAACAAGGACCCUGUCCCCCCGGAGCUGACCAGGCUCCUCCAGCAAUCCCAGGACCCCCUGCUUAAGGUGCUGUUUCCUGCCGACCCCAAAGAAAAGUCCCAGGAGGAGCCCUCUGGGCAGAACCGGGCCCCUGUGUUGACCGUGGUGUCCAAGUUCAAGGCCUCCCUGGAGCAGCUCCUGCAGGUGCUACACGGCACCACACCCCACUACAUUCGCUGCAUCAAGCCCAACAGCCAGGCCCAGGCGCAGAUAUUCCACCGAGAGGAGGUCCUGAGCCAGCUAGAGGCCUGUGGCCUCGUGGAGACCAUCCACAUCAGUGCCGCCGGCUUCCCCAUCCGGGUCUCUCACCGGAGCUUCGUGGAGCGGUACAAGCUACUGAGAAGGCUCCGUCCUGCCACAACCCUCGGCGGCCAUGGCCUGUGUCCAGAUGGAGGGCGCUCAGAGCGCCCUCCGUGCACCGAGCCGGCCACGCUGCGGGGCCUCCUCCAGGAGAUCCUCCACGCACUGCCAGCCCCGCUGCACUGCGGCAGGACCAAGGUGUUCAUGACCAACUCCACGCUGGAGCUCCUGGAGUGCGCGCGUGCCCAGGUGCUGGAGCAGUGUGCCCGCCACAUCCAGCGUGGCUGGAGGAGACACCGGUGCCGCACGCAGGCCAGGCAGAGGCGGGCAGCUGUGCUCAUCCAGGCAGCCGUCCGUUCCUGGCUGGCUCGGAAGCACGUCCGGCGGCUGCACGCGGCUGCCACGGUCAUCAAGCGUGCGUGGCGGGAGUGGAGGAUCAGAAUGGCCUUCCUUGCUUCUGAAGAACUGGAUGGUGUGGAAGAAAAACACUCAUCUCAAGCUCCCUGCUCCCCGAGCUCCAGCCCACUGCCCCUGGCUCAGACCAGGCUCCAGGGCGCAAUAACCCGCCUCUGGCCCCUGGGACUGGCCCUGGCCAAUGCAGCGGUGGGUGUUCACGGCUUUCAGAGGAAGCUGGUGGUCUUCGCCUGCCUCCAGCUCCCUGUGGGCAGCCCCAGGAGCUGCACCAUCCAGACGGCCCAAGAACAAGCUGGAGUCCUGUCCAUCCGAGCGCUGCCUCAGGGCUCAAUCAGGUUCCACUGCAGAAAGUCUCCACUGCGCUACGCUGACACCUGCCCUGGACCCUCGCCUGACAGUGUUACUGGCCUUAAUCAGAUCCUGCUGGAAAGACACAGGCCGGGCCACGUGUGACCUCUUCUCCCCUCCCAGCCUCACCCAGCUGGGCCAUCCCCUGUGCCUUUGUUUCCACAAGGCCUUUUCCUGCCAGCGGCCUCGCCAGAGACAUGUAAUCAACACCCGGCUGCCAGACGACUCCCACAGCAACUCUGAGCGCACGCAGGGAGCCGUGGCUCCGCAGGCAGGCGGGCCAGCGGCUGCACCAGUGGCCUGGGGCGGCAGGCUACGCACCCCCUGCCUCCACACCCUGAUGGGUGUCAGGGUUGGCAGUGACUAAACCAGGAUUAGGAAACAUCAGGACCUUCACUACCUUCACGGAUCCAACUCAGCGGUGCUGGCCGUCACUGCAGCGGGCACCCCACUCUUCCAACCCCACAGGCAAAGUCAGCUUGAAAUCAGCUCUAGAAUUGUGGCUGGGGGAAACUUUGCCUUGAGUUCCUUUAAAAGGAACAAAACCUUACUAUUUAAAUAUGUGAUUAAUUUAAUGUCAAGCAACUAGAUUGUAAAUCAAGAAUGAUCAAUGCAAUAUACCAAAGAAACACCACACCGAAAUUUUAUUUAGAAACACUGAGCAAGUUUUUACUCAAAUGGGUGUGGAAACUCAGUAAAUAUUUAUGUCUUAAUUGUACCAAAAAUAAAACACUUAAAAACCAC